AUCUCGGUGACAGUUGACAAAAAGACUUUCGUGUACGCCCGUGCCCUAAAACCCCCUCCUCCCACUGCCAGUCUUCGCCCUCGCCUUCGCCUUCGCUUCUAAGCCCUAGACCGUCGUCCUCUUGCCAGAAUGAAGCUUGUCAGGUUCUUGAUGAAGUUGAACAACGAGACUGUAUCGAUCGAACUUAAGAAUGGAACCGUUGUUCACGGCACAAUCACAGGUGUAGAUAUUAGUAUGAAUACACAUUUGAAGACAGUAAAGCUUACACUGAAGGGGAAAAAUCCAGUGACUUUGGAUCACCUGAGCGUGAGGGGUAACAAUAUUCGUUACUAUAUCCUUCCUGACAGCUUGAAUCUUGAGACCUUGCUCGUGGAAGAGGCACCUAGGGUCAAGCCCAAGAAACCGACAGCUGGGAGGCCUGUGGGCCGUGGUCGGGGCCGUGGUCGUGGGCGUGGACGUGGUAGAGGCCGUUAGAUACGUUGCAGUAGUUGCAAUUUUUGGAGCAUAUUUGUUUAUGUAAACACCUGUGUCAUGGGAGAGUUUAUUGGGUUAUGCCCUUUCCCAGGAGGGCUUCACCGAGUUGUCUUGCUGCAGGAUAAUUUCUAAUGAUGUUUAUUAUGAUGACUUGUUUUCUAGACUGUUGAAAUAGCGUGGUCCAUUUACUAGAUUAUUUUGUGUCCAUUUACCCGUUGUCUGCCCAGUGUGGUGGGAGAUGUUUAAUUCUAAGAGCUUUCAAUUCUUCUA